AUGGCUACCCCCAAGUGCUUCUCCGUUACAGCAACUCCUGCACUAAAGUACCGACGGCUCCCAAUACGAUCUGAAGAAGCUGGAGAGACUGACUAUGAUGAUGCUCUGGAGAAUGACCAUGAGAGCUCUGAGGAGGAUGUGGAUGAACCGAAGAAUGAACCUCAAGUCUCCCCCCCAUUCUCCAUCCAGAGGACUCAGAGUGUCAGAAAGAGUCGUCAUACAGUUCAACCAUCUACUGCCAGAACACUGGGCAAUGCUCGGAGGAAACCAACUGGUGCAGUAGCGGAGGUCAUUGCUCCUUCCGAUGUAUUGGUUGAUGUGGUACAGGUUCGACUGGAACUCGACGCAGCAUAA